AUGUACACACCCCCGAUAUUAAUAAAAAUCCCCCGUUGGCAAGGUACCGCCAAAAAAGGCCCGUGGUUUCCUCCCGAUUUGGGUUUCCACGUAAAAAUCCUCGUACCGAAAGUCGGCCAAGCUGAGGUUGGGGCAAAGUGUCAACCUAGGGUACCGGUGGCUAACCGGUUGACUGUCCCGAAUGACCGCGUCCAGCAGAUGGAAGCAAAACUGGAGAGGCUGGAGAAGAAGGUUGGAGAGAAGAAUGACCGGGAAAAACCCCUCGCGGGGUCCCCGUUCACUACAAGGGUCCAUCUGACACCUUUCCCGCGAAAGGUCAAGAUAGACGCCCCAAGAUUCACCGGUAAGGAAGAUCCAGAAAUACAUCUGGAUUCUUUCAAUCAAAGUGCAACCAUGAAUGGUUGUACAGACGAAGAAAAGUGCCUCCUUUUCUUCCAGACUUUGCGAAAUCGAGCUACUGAAUGGUUCAACAAGCUUUGCCCAGGAAGCAUCGACUCAUUCAGUGACUUGGCCUCGAAAUUCAAGGCCAAGUUCCAUGAGAACUGUACUAAGAGGAAGAAAUUCACCUAUCUUAGUACAGCCGGGCGAAGGGAAUCUGAGAACCUCACUCAAUUCCUUACCCGGUGGAAGGAGGAGGUAGACAAGGUUGAGGAGAUGGACGACAAGACAGUGUUGUCCCUUCUCCUGAAUGGCUUGCGUGCUGGGAAACUAUACAAGGAGUUCUGUCGGAAACCCCCGGCCACGUAUCAAGAGGCCUACCACACUGCCUGGGAGUUUGCUGAGGCUGAAACUCAACUUCAGGCGAAGAAGGAAGCUGAGCAUGGCUACAAGCCCAAGCCGGUGCAAGUCAAAAAGGAAGAAGCGCCGGGAUCCAGCCGGCAAAGGCACCACUAUGACCCGGUCGUCCGCGUGGUUAGCACAGAAGAGUGCCAAGAGGUAAGAAAAGCACCGGUCAUUCCUCCGGAAAAUCCUACCGGUCAAACAGGACGGCAGUGGUCGGGCACCUAUUGUUCGUACCACAGGUCAGAUUCCCAUAACACUUCUGAGUGUAAAAGUGUUAAGGGAGUAAUCCGGCAGAUGAUAGACAGUGGAGAACUGGGCAAAGAUUAUUUGCAGAAAGCCCAGGAGAAGAACCACCAAUGGGUAAGGCCAGCAACCCAGGGAAAUGAACGGGACAAUGACCGGCGGAGGAAUAACCGGCGGAGGAAUAACCGGCAGAAGGAGCAGCAGCCAGACCCUGAUAAGGAACAUAUUGGGAUGAUCUUUAGCAGACCUGAAGGCGGAGAUUCAGCCGCGCAGCGGAAAAAUUGGGUUUGCAGCAUUUACGUCGGUGAAGUAAAUGCUGAACCGGCCAGGCGUAAGCAUACCAGGAGGGAGCCAAUAGUUUUCACUGACUGGGAUCUCCCUCCUACCGGUGAAGAUCACAAUGAUCCAUUGGUCAUCACCGUGGACUUCAAUGGGGUGGACGUCGCCCGGGUACUUGUUGACACCGGCAGCAGUGUCAACAUCCUUUACUUGGAGACCUUCCAGAAACUCAGGUUGUGUCGGACACAACUUGAACCCCUCAAAACCCCUCUCUCAGGAUUCACGGGAGACACGGUGGAAGCUGAAGGGUCCAUAGUUCUACCGGUCGAACUAAGAUCAGGCGAGAAGACCGUAUGGAAGAAGAUGCGGUUCAUCGUUGUGGACAUCAAAUGCAUCCACAAUGCAAUCCUUGGAAGUCCUGGCAUCAACAAGGUCGAGGCGGUGAUUUCCAUGCCGCACCUGUGCAUGAAGUUCCAUACUCCAGGCGGUGUAGGUGGAGUGAAUGGCGACCAGAGGAACGCCCGGGAGUGCUAUGCCUGGGCAGUCAAGAAGAUGACCAAGGGGGUCAACGUCAUCUCCCAGGAAAUCACCAAGGGAGAGACCCGGGAGAAAUUGGAGCCUGAAGCAGAAACGGUGGAGAUCGAACUUCACCCAGGUGAUUCAUCAAGGAUGGUCAGAAUUGGAGCGAACCUCCCAGAAGAUCUCAAGGAAGAGAUUACAUGGGUCCUCCAAGAGUAUGCGGGCAUAUUUGCAUGGAGCGUGGCAGAUAUGCCCGGAAUUGACCGCUCAAUCAUCUGCCACCGGCUGGCAGUGAGAGAUGGAAGUCGACCGGCCCUUACAGAUUUCCUGGUAGAAAUGACCGUUAUAACUCCUGACCUAACGGUCAACAAGCCCACUGAGCAAUGGUGGGAGAUGGCAGUUGAUGGGGCGUCCGGUCCUAGAGGAUACGGGGGUGGUAUCGUGUUUACCAUCCCAGAAGGGUUCAAGAUCUACCAUGCAAUAGUCUUCAACUUCAAGCUGACGAACAAUGAAUCAGAGUAUGAGGCUCUAGCUGGAGGGCUCAGACUUGCCCAAGCCUUUAAAAUCAGCCGGGUUAGUAUCAAAUCUGACUCGAGUUUGAUUGUGGGGCAAGUGACCAGCAAUAUGGAGGCUAGGGAAGGACGAAUGGCUCAAUACAAGGAUGUAGUGCUUGCCUUGUUGAAGGGGUUCAAAGAAUUCAAAAUCGCCCAAAUUCCCCGGGCAGAGAACGCGGAUGCAGACCUUCUCUCCAAGUUAACGCAGUAUGCUCCUGAGCAUGUUUCAAAACUUGCAUGGGUAGAAAUCCUGGACCGUGCCAGCAUCGAGAAAUUGGAAGUUGCCGCCAUAACAGCAACAGCCCAAUCUGACCGGUCAAACUUGGUCAGGGCGGACGACCACUGGAUGAACGAUCUGAUGGAAUACUUGAUGGACGGGAUCUUGCCGGAGCAAGAAUACCGGGCAAGAAAAGUGAAGCUCAGGGCAUCCCGGUUCCAAGUCCUUGAUGGAAAGCUGUACAAGAGGGCGUUCGGGGGACCCCUCCUGAGGUGCCUAACCAACUGGGAGGCUGAGUGAGUCAUAACGGAAGUCCAUGAAGGUGUAUGCGCGGCACACCAAAUGUCGCGAACCCUCUCACAACGAAUCAUCUUGCUGGGGUAUUACUGGCCGACGAUUGUCCAGGACUGUGAGAG